ACCAGCUGUUAUUUACCGCACCUCCAACUUUUAUUUUGUUUUUCUCUUACUUGCUUAAUAAGUCCACCUUUUAUAUAUAAUCUCAUCACUUUCCCAUCUUUUAUUGCAUUAUCAUCCUCUCCUUCCACCACCAUUUCUCUCUGAGUUCCUCUUGCUGGGGAAUUUGGAGAGUCUGGUUACCAUAGAAAAAAAAAAAAAAGCAUUCAAUUAUCACAAAACUUGUUAAGAAAAAUGGAAUCCCACUUGGUUUUCAUAGUUAGCAGUACAUUGCUGCUUCUGUUUUCUUCAUCAGCAUUUGCUCAAACUGCUUCACCUCCAUCAGCAAGCCCAACUCUAACUCCGACGCCGGCACCGGCACCAGCUCCUGAGUAUGUAAACCUGACCUAUUUGCUCUCAGUUGCUGGUCCAUUCAAUACCUUCCUUAAGUAUGCUCAGUCAACCAAAGUGAUUGAAACUUUACAAAACCAAGCCAACAACACUGAUCAAGGAGUAACUAUUUUUGUACCAAAAGAUGAUGCCUUCAAAUCUCUUAAAAAGCCUUCCCUAUCCAAUCUCACUAAUGACCAGCUCAAAUCCCUUUUGCUCUUCCAUGCUUUGCCCCAGUAUUACAGUCUAGCUGAAUUCACCAACCUGACUGCAAACAGCCAAACCACCAUGGCUGGUGGCCAAUACACCUUGAAUUUCACCGAUAAAUCAGGGACUGUGCACGUUGAAACAGGUUGGGCUACUACAAAAGUAAGUAGCAGUGUGCAUUCAACUGACCCAGUUGCAAUUUACCAGGUUGAUAAGGUUCUUCUCCCUGAGGCCAUCUUUGGUACAGAUAUACCUCCGACAGCUGCACCAGCACCUUCACCAGACCUUGCACCAGCUGCAGAUGCUCCAAAAACUGCAGACACUGAAGCAAAAUCACCAGCAUCAUCUUCACCAGGGAAUUCUUCUUCUAACAAGAUCAUCAGCUUGGGAUUUGGGAACAGCUUUGUUUUGGCAAUCUCAGGUGGGCUUGCGUUGUUGUUCCUGUGAUAUGGAAAGAGAUUCUUUCUUUUUUUUUUUUUUGGGUCAUGAUAUAUGUUUUAAUUUAUAUUUUAAGAGGGUUUGAUUUGAAAAAAAAAAAAAUAUUGAUUUUUUUCUGGACAUAUGUUCUAUUGAUAUUCAUGUAUAAGGAUGUGAAGCAGAUCUUUUAUGUUAUCUAAAAAUGCAUUUUGUUUGAUCUAGUACUGUUCAUAUAGAAAAAUAUAUAUCUACAUAUUUGUUGUA